AUGUCGACACACGAUACUCACGAAUUAAAACUAUUAUUUUCAUUAUUUGAUUCUAAUCAUGAUGGUCGUAUUUCACAAGAUGAAAUUAAACAGUUAGUUGAAACAGUUUCAGGCCAAUCAUGGUCCGAAGAACAAUUGGAUGCAUUUAUGCAAGUUGUUGAUACAGAUACGAGUGGAGAUAUAACCAUGGAAGAGUUUACUGUCAUGAUGAAUCGAUAUGUGCCAACAAGUACACUUGGCUUAAAAGAUUUAUUUAACACGUUCGAUGUGAGUGGUGAUGGAUGUGUGGAUAAACAAGAAUUUGAGCAAGUGAUGAAUGAGAAGGGCAAAGACCUGAACCAAGAUCAAAUUAAUAUAUUUCAAAAGUUAUUUCAACAAGAUGAACAUUCCAAAGUGACUUAUGAACAAUUUGUCGAUGGUGCAACGGAGGUUUAUAAAAACGUGAAAUUUAAUUGA